AUGGCAGCCGCGACCACAGCCCGGAGGUUGCCCAUGGGUGUGCGGACUUUUAGCGACUAUCUCCAGCUUGCCAUCGUGGGCUCGCCCCGGUCUUGUCGCCCAUCGGUGCCCCGAAUGUGCACGCGACAAAAUAUCAGACAUUUGUCCUCAUGCGGCAUUUUGAUGACAAGAUCUCCCAGAGUGCUUUGCCUCCACGACUGGGAAGCAAUGGCGAGUGUUCCCCAGAGCAGGAACUUCAUCAGCCUUACCAAUAAAAGGAAGGAGUACUCGGAACGCAGGAUACUUGGGUUCUCCAUGCUGGAGAUGUACGAUGUGGUUGCCAACGUCGACGACUACAAGCUGUUCGUUCCGUGGUGCAAGAAGUCUCAGACGGUGGCCAAGCGGGCGGGCCACUGCAAGGCCCAGCUGGAGGUGGGCUUCCCGCCUGUCAUCGAGCGCUACACGUCCAUGAUCAGCUGCGUGCGGCCUCACCUGGUCAAGGCCGUGUGCACGGACGGAAAGCUGUUCAACCACCUGGAGACCAUUUGGCGUUUCAGUCCUGGCAUUCCCGGUUACCCUCGCACCUGCACUGUUGACUUUUCCAUAUCCUUCGAGUUCCGCUCCCUGCUGCACUCGCAGCUGGCCGCCAUGUUCUUCGACGAGGUGGUCAAGCAGAACGUGGCUGCUUUUGAGCGCCGUGCCUGCAAGCUCUACGGCCCAGAGACUCGUAUCCCACGAGAGCUCAUGUUCCACGAGAUCCACCAGACGUGAUGUCCGGCCGUAAAACACCCAAACUGCAUGAAGCUGCUGCUUAGUCUCCCCCCUACCCCCCCUACCUGGGACAUUGUCCAGCGAGUUCAUGUACAAAACAACAAAUACAUCGUCAAACAAUAUGCUUUUAUUUAAAAUAUAUAUAUAUUUUUAAGACAACCAAUCCUGAGUUUAAUUCUGAAGGGGAGGAAGUCCAAUGUUUCACUGUGACCUUCAGUUCAAACAUAUUCCUUCACGUUGAUUUGUUUUGAUACACUACUCACAAAAAGUUUGGAUGUUAGCUGAAAUAUCAGGAUGAAUCUUGAAUGUCGCCAAACUCUUACAGGUGAAUUUAAUUCAAACUUCUCACAAUUUUGAAAGCACAUAUGUAUUCAACUGUUUAGUGUCUCAGCACUUUUUCCUCCAACUUGCUGUUCUCUAAGAAGGAGCCACAUUCACAGCAGGUGUUUUUUUAAUGACUCUUCCAGUUUAUCUUUUAUAUUUUAGGCUCAUCCUGAAAAUUCUCUAGUCUCCCAUUUUUUGUGAGUAGUCUGCUUUGCUUCAUUAUAGUGUGCUUGGUGCUAAACACUUCAUAUAUGAUUAGUGUUUUUUUUUUUUAAAGGGGGAGCGGAUAAAAUGUGCCAUUUUUGGGACAGUGAGAAAGUGUUAACAGGUUUGAUUAAAGGGACAAAGAAGUUUCUUUCUGCACUUUGAA